AUGGAUCAAAGGGUGAAAACUCUGGAGAAGAACAUCGCCUCCAUUGAAGACUCUAUUGCUUCUAUCAGACUUGAUAAUUCCCGCCAGCUUCCGGAGCUUCAACAAGGUCUCCAAGAGCUUAAACACCUUCUUCUCACAGGUACAUCCCCUGCUUCUUCAUCUAACACACAUCCUCCUCCUUCACCAUCCAACCCACAAAACCCAGACCAAUCUGCUACCAUCAAUUCCCAUUCCCCACUCACCACCACCGACCUUCACCCACACUCCUCAUCUUCAAACCAUAACUACAUUCAAAAACUCCAAAUGCCCAUUUUCACCGGAACUGACCCAUUCGGCUGGAUUGCAAGAUCUGAGCAAUAUUUUGAGUUACAAAACACCCCUCCAGCCGCUCGCCCAUUAAACUUCAACGAUGAAAGCCAUUCCAGCAGGCUUGAGCAUUUCCAGCAGCUUGAGCUUUCCUUAUGUUCUGCCUAUGGCCUCUCUCAACCCAAGACUAUGAAGAUUAUGGGUCUACUGGCUUCUCACUUAGUAUUAGUCAUGGUGGACAGCGGAGCUAGCCACAAUUUUGUGUCCUCCGAUCUUGCUCAGGCACUGAAUUUGGCAGUUGAACCCACCGACCCGUUCCUUGUCAAGCUUGGUGAUGGCCACCGCAUGAAAACUUCCGGCGUGUGCAGCAACUUACAUUUACAACUGGGUUCCUACACUAUUUCUGGUGAUUUCUUUAUAUUUCCGUUGAGAGAUCUUGAUAUAAUAUUGGGUGUUGCAUGGUUGGAAACACUUGGUGAUGUGCAGGUGAAUUGGCAGUGGCUUACUAUGAAGUUCCUACAUCAAAAUCAGUUGGUGGAAUUAUGUGGUGAUCCAUCUCUAACCCGGGGAGCGAUUUCUGCCAAAUCGUUCUCUAAGGUCACAAAUAUGUCUUUCUCUGCAGUCCUACUGGAACUGUCCAUAGAUCCUCCUCCAAUGUCAUGUGUCUCCACUGUAGAGAAUUUUGAUGUCUUUCUCUGCAGUCCUACUGGAACUGUCCAUAGAUCCUCCUCCAAUGAAAUCUAUGGCCUCCCUCCUCGUCGUUCCACCGAUCACAGGAUCGCCCUUCAGCCAGGUCAGGGACCAAUAUCUGUGAAACCUUAUAAGUAUGGCCACAUUCAGAAAGAUGAGAUCGAGAGGUUGGUGCAUGAUAUGCUUUCAGCUGGAAUUAUCAAACCCAGCUCCAGCCCAUAUUCUAAUCCUGUCCUCCUAGUCAAGAAAAAGGAUGGCAGCUGGCGGUUCUGCGUUGACUACAGGCAACUAAACCACUCUACAAUUCCUCACAAGUAUCCCAUUCCUGUUAUCCAGGAACUGUUGGACGAAUUGCAUGGUUCUCAGGUCUUCUCUAAACUAGACCAUAAGUCCGGGUUUUAUCAAAUUAGGGUGGCUGAAGCUGAUACUCCCAAGACAACUUUCUGGACACACUCGGGCCAUUACGAAUUUCUUGUCAUGCCAUUUGGGUUAACCAAUGCGCCAGCCACAUUUCAAGCGCUCAAUCAAAAGAAAUGUUUCUUUGGCCGGAAAUCAGUUGAAUACCUGGGGCAUAUUAUCUCUAAGGAUGGAGUUGUUAUGGAUCCUUCCAAAGUCUCAAGUAUCCUACAGUGGCCCAUUCCAAAAUCUACCAGGGCAGUGCGAGGAUUUCUGGGUAUUACAGGGUAUUAUAGGCGCUUUAUCGCCAAUUAUGGACAACUAGCUCGCCCUCUCACCACUCUUUCAAGAAGGAAGCCCAAGCCAAAUUCACAUGGCCACAAGAUGCUCAAGAUGCAUUCAUCGCUCUCAAGCAUGCCAUGA